AUGCGCUACGAUACGCCAUUUCCUGCAAGAUUAUCUGUAUCCGAUAUGCAUACUGGAGUAGUUUACUUCCGCACCGCGUUGAGCUCGUGGUCCUGGCCAGCUCUCUGCGCGGCGCUGACCGGGGUCUUCAUCAUCUACCUGGUGUACAGAAUUGAGGUUCACCCACGCCUUUUCAACCCUUUUCGACAUCUUCCCACAGCAAAGAAUGGACUACCAUUCCUUGGUCAUGGACUCCUUCAAUUCACCAACCCUCGCGGGGAAGCUUAUCUGGAAAUGGCCAACUCCAUUCCCAAUCAGGGGUUGAUCCACUUCCACGGGUUCAUGAAUGUUCAUCACCUUCUGUUAGUCAGCAACGAGGCCCUCUCCGAGGUUCUGGUCCGUCGUGCAUAUGCCUUCACCAAGCCAGCGGUAGCUCGACGUCUGCUCAGCCAGAUCCUGGGGCAAUCUCUUCUCAUCCUCGAAGGCGACGAGCAUAGAUACCUCCGAAAACGCAUUCAACCUGCCUUCAAUUAUCGGAAUGUCCAAGAUCUUUGCCCAAUCUUCUGGUCGAAAGCCGUUGACAUGGUGGAAACAAUAGAGCAGUCUGCUGCCUCGGCCGACGCACCGGAUUUUGUAGUGGAUGUGUUGCCUUGGGGUAACAAAGGCACCCUUGAUGCAAUCGGCUUGGCUGCACUUGGUAAAGACCUUGAUACGCUGCGGAAACCAAAUGAGCUUAUUGAUCUCUAUGAGCUUGUGACUGGCAGCAAAGAAAGCGUGCGUCUCUUGUUUAUUGCCAACGCUUUCCUUCCGGCCUGGCUACUACGAUUUCUGCCGCGCAAGUUCAAUGACGAUAUUAACGAUGCUCGUAUAAGGCUGCGACAGCUUUGCAGCACUUUUGUAGCGGAGAGGAAGAAGGAAGCUUUGGAAGACGACAGCUCAAAGGCGAUCUUGUUGCAGCUUAUACAGAGCGGAACGCUGACGGAUGACGAACUUAUCGACCAACUUCUGACCAUUAUAGGCGCAGGCUACGAGCCCACCUCAGCAACCUUCACCUGGACCCUCUGGCUCCUAGCCACCCAACCCAUCUGGCAAGCCCGUCUCCGCGCCGAACUCCGUGCCCACAUCCCCCACCGCUUCUUUCUCAACGAUGCACAAAGAUUCAGCGACUCCGCCACCCUCGACACUCUCCCCGUCCUCAACGCCAUCAUCAACGAAACACUCCGCUUUAUGCCCACAUCCCCCAUCACCUCACGCAUCGCCACACAAGACACUACCAUCCUCGGCAACCACAUCCCCGCUGGAACGCGUCUCUGGAUCGCCCCUGCUGCCAUGAACCGCUUCACAUCCUUCUACGGCGCGACGGCUGAUGCUUUCGACCCUGGUCGCUGGAUUGAUGCCGACAGCGGUCGAGCAAAUAACCACGGUGAUGCGCAGACUAAUUACGCAUUUCUUACAUUUUUGCAUGGCCCGAGGAAAUGUAUAGGUGCCGGGUAUGCGAAGGUUAAGUUACGCGCUUUUGUGGCGGCGUUUGUGGGGAGCUUUGAGUUUGAGUUGGCAGAUGCAGAGUAUGUGCCAGUGCCUGGGGGCAUUACUGCUAUUAAGCCGAGGGAUGGUUUGCCGUUGAGAUUGAGAAGGGCGAAGAUGUGGUAG